AAAAACAGAAGAGGCACAAGAUAAGUUUCGAACAGGCAAUCUUUGGACACCCUUUUUUGACCCAGAGAAUGAAGUCGUCUGCGAGAACAGCGCAAGGAUGCACGUGCUACUUCUUAAAGACCCAAGAGAAGCAGAGUCUGGACCUGAUCCUUACAUAAAGGAGCUGGAGUCACGAGGACACAAAGCAACCCCGAUUCCAGUUCUGUCCUUUAGGUUUGUUUCGUUAAACACCUUGUUGGAUAAGCUUUUCCAUCCAGAGAAUCACGGUGGCUUGAUAUUUACCAGUCCGAGAGCAGUGGAGGCUGUGAAGAUGUGUCUAGAAGCAGAAGAAAGGAGACGAGAAUGGAACCGACACGUAAAAGACAACUGGAACACGAAGUCCAUCUACGUGGUUGGGAAGGCGACUGCAGCAUUAGUCCAAAGUCUGGGUCUGAAGCCCGUGGGAGAGGACGCGGGGACGGCAGACGUCUUAUCGCGGCUCAUCAUCCAAAGAGAGGAUAAAAAUAUCCCGCCGCUCUUUUUCCCGUGUGGUUCAAUUAAAAGAGAAGUCUUGCCCACAGCUUUAAGGGAACACGGAGUUCCUCUGGAGACGCUGACUGUCUAUCAAACCGCUGAACAUCCUGAUCUGGAGACAAAUCUAAACAACUAUUUCACAGAACAGGGCAUUCCCGCGAGCGUCUGUUUCUUCAGCCCGUCUGGAGUUAAGUUUUGCCUGGAAACCGUACGAAGGCUGUCAGGUGAUCAGCUCACUCACAUAAAGUUCGCAGCCAUCGGGCCAACCACACGGGAUGCGAUGGCAGCCGAAGGUCUGCGUGUGAGCUGCACCGCCGAGAAGCCGACAGCCCAACAUUUGGCCGCAGCGAUAACGAAAGCUCUACGGUGACCAACCGGAGGCACCGGUUCUUUCAUCCAAACACACUUUCUAUUCUCUCUACGUUUAUUCAUGUAUUUAUUGUGUGAACGUUUAUGAAGUGUUCACACUAUUGUGAUCAGUUUUUCUUUUGUACGUUUUGGCAUCGCUCUCGUUCCACAAUUCAAUUCAGUUUAUUUAUAUAGCGCCAAAUCACAACAAAGUUGUCU